AUGGAUAAGGCAGCCAAAAAAGUUCGCACCGAAAGCUCAUCAGACAGCGGGAUUCUCGAAGAAUGCAAGAAAGAAGUAACAUGUGACUUUUGCGAUCGAAUAAACUGGACGACUCCAUCAAAAGGUGUUCAGACUACCCCUCCACCGAGAACGGUUGCAAUUGUCGUGGAUGUUGUUCAGAACAGAGGCGCUAUACGAAUUUUCGAGAAAGAAAGCGGUGAAUACGUUGACGGAGUCGGAACCGAGGAGGAAGGCUUUCGGAUCAUCAUUCCAUGGAGAGACACUUGGCGCUUCAGAGCAUCGGGCGUCGUUGAAGUUGGGUAUAUAAUAGCAAAGGAUGCAGAUUAG